AUGGGUCUCAUCAGCAAGAUCGAAGACAAGCUCUCCGGCAGCAAGUCGUCGGACAACCAGCAAUACGAGUCCAAGGAGUCCAGCUCGUCCGGCAAUGCAUCAACUCAUCAACACCCUGUCUCCGGCAGCACUUCAGGCCCAACCGGCACAGCAGUCCCUAGCAACUCAUCCGGCUCGACCAGCGCCGCAGGCCGCGACGGCUACGGCAUGCAGCCGACCGACACACGGAGAAACGACUACUCAGGCCAAUCUUCCAACCGCGACCCUCGUACGGCCGACUAUCCCACCCACAGCUCCCGCACGGCCGACUACCCAUCCCAAUCCACCUCGCACUCCACCCACCCCGGCGGCUACAGCACCACCACGCGCAGCGAAGCGCCGGCCGGAUACUCAAACGACCCCCGCACCACCACCACAACCAACACCACCUCUUCCUCCUCCCCGCGCCAACCCUACGAUCCGUACUCCAGCAGAGGCCAACGCGCCGCCGCCGCCGCCGCACACGAACACGGCAUGAGCCCCACCACAGGCGGUAGUCGCGCACCCUACGCCGACGCGGAAACGUCGCGCUCGCAACAAGCCGGCAUAGCGUCUGGAUCGCGUGGAUACGGUCCCGAAUACAUCAACUCCGCCCCCCACGCUUCAAGCGGCGGGCAGCAAGACCUCAGCUCCAUAAGCGGUGGGGACAGCAGACAUCACUACGGACGCGACGCAGCGAUGGCGGGUGGAGUGGGUGCGGGAGGCGUGGGGGCCUACGAGUAUGGCAAACACCAGCAACAGCCUGGCUCGUCUUCGACGCAGAAUUAUUCGCGGCCCGGGGAGUAUGCAGGCCGCGCGAGCGCUGAGCAGACGAUGCCGAUGAGUGCUGGUGCCGGUUCGGGAGGCAUAGACCAUGCGAAGAAGAUGGGCGGGGCGUAUGAGGCGGGGUAUCGGGAUGGGAUGGAGCAUAUGCGGCAGGAAAUGGAGAACAGUCGGCGGAUAUAG